GCUGUGGAUACUUUUUUUAAAAAAAAUAAAAAGAUAUAAUCAAAAACUAGAAUAAAGUAUUGUUGGGUUUUUAGAAAGCAUUGAGGGAUCAGGGGAUCAGCAUUGGAUUUCUUUCCUAACAACAGCAUGCUGUUAACAUCCUACAUGAGCACCUACUUUAUUGUUAACAUUCCAAAGUGUGUUUCCUCCUCAAAGUUUUCUCCAGCCACAGUCAGAAUAGCAGUAGCUCAAGUUCCUGACUCAUCCACUUUGCCAGGUGUCAUAGAUACUGAACAGAUUGAAAAUCUCCGCAAAACUCCUCAAGCUACUCUGUAUUUUGCCGGUGAAUUCAAGAGUGUCUCGUGUAGAGUAACCAGGGAUCUUCUGGUAAUGGACUUAGAUGACAGCCAAUAUGAGCUGAUCACAGUUAUAGGCUACCAGGUGGGAGCAGAAUUUUGUCGUCAAACUAAAGGCCCCUUCUGCAAUCAAGCCCUUAAGCCAUCUACAUUUUAUAGAGUGAAUUUCUUUUUCUUGGAUGACAAGUCUGCAAUAAGAGCUCACACAGAUUGGUCAACAGCAAUACAGACCAGAAAUGUGACAAAUUAUGAAUCAGCUGAUGUGAUGUUUGAAGGGCGAGCUGGAGGAAUGAUAGUAAUCACCAUCCUGGUCUCGGUUGGUGGGGCUGUCCUAGUGGUUGCCUUAAUUGUAGCAGUCGCCCUUUCAAAUAAGAAAUAGUGAGUCUGGCAAGUCAGCUUCUGGAAUAGCAAGAACUACAGAUACGAACAAACGGCAGAUUAUUUUUGGAGAAUCAAAAAAUGUACUUGAACAAGCAUGCAGUCAAAGACCGAACAUGCUAAAGAAUGAGAAGCAGCUACUAAAAAAAGUUUGUGUGUACAAUUCAACCCAUAAUGACUGCAGAUUGUAUGCUGUUUAUCUCAUGUGCAGGGUCUCUUCUGACAUUGUUUUUGAAGCCUGUAUAUCUGAAAAUAAGAGUGUAGCUCCCUGACAAGUGUUCAUUGGUGACAAACCUUUGUUGCUGCCACAUAAUGUGUGAAAUGCCCCUUAGAUAGUAGAGUCUGAAUCAUAAUCAUAGUUCCAAAUGUCUUUAGUGUGGGGAAUGGAAAUUUCAAAGAAUUAAGUGUAAGAAACACUUCAAGGGAUGACUUUAAAUGGACCAACUUUUGCUAAGGUAUAUGUGCAACCUUCCAGGGUUUCUUCUUUAUUAUUCCUGCCUAAAGAAUACCUCUGCAAAGUUCAAAGGCUGAUAGGAGUAGGUGCAAUAAGGAGAGUCCCUAUUUCAUAUCUUUCACAUUUAUAAAAGAUUGGUUUUGGAUGGGUUUGCUCUUGUCUCUGUGUAUUGUAAAGUAAAGUAAAAAUUCUCAUUAGUUUGCAUCAUCACUUUAGGCAAAAGUUCCUAGGUUUAUAUUGUAAAAUCCUAAAUUCCAUGUAAUACAAAAUUACUAAACAAAUAAGGUAAUAAAGUGGCCACUAUAUCUUAAUUACAGAACUGAAAAAUUAUUAAUCUUUGGGGGGGAGGGUUUUGUCUUUCUGUUUCUGACUGCAUGUUGGAAGUUUUUUAGACUUUAACUUGUAACACUGUGAUAGAGCUGCAGGAUUUACAGUGCAAAACAGUGCACUGAGUACCUACUCAGAAGCCAGCCCCAUUGAGUUCAAUCAGGCUUAUUCCCAGAGAAAUGUGUAUAGGAUUGUAGUGUUAGGCAUCCUACUGGUUAACUGUACUAAGGCUAAUUACGGCAACAGCUUUUUUCAGCCCUUUCUGGCCUGUCCCCUGAUGUUUGGACCCCUUCAGU